UCCUGAGACUGCCUCACAGGGGUGUCCAGAGCCAGCAGCAAGGGCCAGAGGAAGGCAGACAGGCAAACACAGAGAGAGAGACCCAGCAAAGGAAAGACACCGAGAGAAAGAGACAGACCCCAAAAGAGACAAGGACCCCCAACAUUCAUCCACAGAGCCACAAGUGGAGGCCAGAGCCAGCCUGGGAGGAGGCCUGCCGCCUGUCCGUCCCCAUGGGCCACCGUGGGCCAUGGCCGCACACCUCUCUGCUCUGGGCUGCCGUGGCCAGCCUGCUCCUCCCCCCGGCUGUGACCCAGCAGCUGAGAGGGGCUGGGCCGGGGCCCAGCCACUGGAACAACAAUGCAGGCGUCUCAGGGCCCUCAGAGGACGGGUCAGGUGAGUUCGGGCACCCCACCCACAGCCAUGGAAGCUACAGGGAUGAGAACGACGCUGUGUUCACAGGGAGCGGGCAUCGACUCUGGAGUCACAGACCCCGCGGGGAAGAGGAUGAAGAUCUCUCCAGGGAAUACGGUCACCGACUCCAAGGCCACAGGCUCCAGAGCCAUGAAGCCGGAGACGAGAACCUCUCCAAGGAGGAAGUCUUCCCGGGGCAUGCUCAGCGGGCGCUCGAGCACGGAGGCCUCGGGGAUGAAGAUGGAGAUGAUUCGGCAGAGGGUGGGCACCGCUUCCCCAGCCACGGGAGCCUCGGCCAUCCGGACGAGGAUGAGGACGAGGAUGAGGACGAGGUUGUGUCCAGUGAGUAUCCACAGCGUGUUAUCAGGCAUGUGCACCGGGGCCACGGAGACGAUGAUGAAGAAGAAGGUGAGGAGGAUGUUUCUACUGAGUAUGGACACCAGGCCCACAGGCACCGAGGUCACAGAGAAGAAGAAGAAGAUGAUGAUGAUGAUGAUGACGGAGCCUCCUUUGAGUACAGGCAGCAGGCCCACACGCAUCAAGGCCACGGGAAGGAAGAGGAUGAGCAUCAGCAUCACGCCCCCGGCCAUGGGCACCAAGGCCAUGAAAAAGAAGAAGAUGACGAUGAUGGUGAGGAUGACGAUGUCUCCACUGAGUACGGACACCAGGCCUAUGGGCACCGGGACUAUGGCAAGGAAGAGGAUGAAGGUGUCUCAGAUGAAGAUCACUAUCCUGUCCCUGGCUACGGACACAAAGAAGAAGAUGAUGAUGACGAUGAUGAUGAUGUCUCCACUGAGUAUGGACACCUGGCACCCAGGCACGGAGCUCACAGGGAGGAAGAGGAUGACGUCUCCGAUGAAGGCCGCCAUCACCAGCCCAGCCACGGACACCGAGGCCAUGAAGACCAGGAAGGUGAGGAAGAGGAUGAGGUUGUGUCCACGGAACACUGGCGCCAGGUUCCCAGACACACUCACCACAGCCUUGAAGAUGAGGAGGAGGGGAUCAUGGUCAAGUUCAGCCACCACGUUGCAAGCCACCAGCCAGAAAGCCACAAGAGCGCUGAGGAGGGGUACUUCCCAGAUGAGUAUAAAACAGAAGUCUCUGGCCAUCACCGCCACGAAGUUCCCAAGGAGGAAGAUGAGGACAGCUCUGCCAAGCUUGGCCACCAAGUUCCCAGCCAUAGACCACAGGGCCACCAGGAUGAAGGGAAUGGCCAGAGAGUGUCCAGCGAAGAGAUGAGCCACCAACUCCCAGAAUCCACAGGAGUCAAGGAUAGAAGCCAUUUUGGGAACAGAGACUCUGAAGAAGAAGAGAAGGAAGAAGACCAUGGCUCCCAUGAGGAAGAGGAUGAAGGUUCAGAGCAGGGAGAAGAAGGCACCCACCAUGGCCGCCUGGGCCAGGAGGAUGAGGAAGACGAGGAGGAAGGUCAUGGCCUCCGGCUGAGCCAGGAGGAUGAGGAAGAAGAGGAUGAGAGGAGAGAAGAGAGGGCUGAUGUUCGCGCCCCACUGAGCCAAGCCCACCGGGAGGAGGAAGAUGAAGAGGAGGAGGCGGGGCUGGAUGAAGACCAGAUCCCCUUCACCAUCAUCCCUCACCCCCUGGCUAGGAGGGAGGCGGCUGGAGGCGGCUCCAGUGAGGAGGAGAGUGGCGAAGACACCAGUCCACAGGAUGCCCAAGAGUACGGGAACUACCAGCCAGGGUCCCUGUGUGGCUACUGCUCCUUCUGCAAUCGGUGCACUGAAUGUGAGAACUGUCACUGUGAUGAGGAGCACAUGGGAGAGCACUGCGACCAGUGCCAGCACUGCCAGUUCUGCUACCUCUGCCCCCUGGUCUGCGAAACUGUCUGCACUCCAGGAAGCUACGUCGACUAUUUCUCCUCGUCCCUCUACCAGGCCCUGGCGGACAUGCUGGAAACUCCGGAGCCCUGACCCGGGCGCGCAGCCGCGGCGCAGACGUGUACCUCCCUGGCCCUCCAGCACCCUUCCACAAGCCCUAUUUAUUUCUCUGAAUAAACGUGCUCCCCGAAACCUC